ACGGGACGCUGGCAUUGGUCUCCAGGAAGUUGUUGAGAUUGUCAACACGGAGAUUAAAGAUGGAGGAUAGUCUGGAACUGGCGGAAAACGGUGCUAAAAAGAAUGCUGCUAAAUCAGGGCGAAGAGCAAGGCAGUCAGUGGAGCAGAUGUCAGACGAAUCUCGACGCCUGAAGAAAAACUCUUCUUCAACUUCAGUGGGCGAGGAUGAAGAAGGGGAGAAGGAGCAGGAUUCUGAUCAGGGACCACCACCGAAACCCCCCCGGCGACAAGGAGGAUGGGCAGACGAAACACCUGGCUCUGCCAAGUCUGGGAGAAGACCAGCAGCAGAGGAGGUGGAAGAUAGACGCUUGAGACCACAAACCCCCGAGGGCUCGGAUGAUGAAGGAGAUAUUCCCGUAAUCCCUGACCUUGAAGAAGUACAGGAGGAAGACCUCACAAUGCAGGUGGCAGCUCCACCCAGCAUUCAGGUAAACAGAGUGAUGACCUACAGAGACUUAGAUAAUGAUCUUAUGAAAUACUCUGCAUUUCAGACCCUGGACGGGGAGAUUGACUUAAAAUUACUCACGAAGGUGUUGGCUCCAGAGCAGGAAGUUAGAGAGGAGGAUGUUGGCUGGGACUGGGAUCAUUUAUUCACUGAGGUUUCCUCUGAGCUGCUGACUGAAUGGGAUCAAGGAGAUAAAGAGGACCAAAAGCAACUGCCAUUAGUUACUUGAGUGGAGUUCUAAAACGGUUUAUUUCGGCAAGAGUGCCACUAGUACUUUUUAGAGGUGCUGUAGCAAAUGGAUAGUUAUCUGCACAUUAUGAGAAAGCCAGAUAUUUCUGGUUAGGGUUACAUCAAGCCAGUUGUACUGUAUGUCUUUUCAGUUUUAGACAAGCUGCGCAACUGUACAUUUUAAAUACAAUGUGUGACAAUUUACAGUUAAUGUCAGUAUACAGUAGUCAGUGUACUUGCAUAUAAACCGACAGAUGGUUAUCUUACCUUUGUUCAAGCAAUAUUAAUGUGUCAAUACCCACAAAGAUACCUGUUUUGUUAUAUUAUUGUUUUUUAUAACAUAUUUUGUAGGAUUGUUAUAUUAAAUAUUUAUCAAAUUAUUUUUUAAAUCAUCAAAGUGUAAAUGUCUUCUAUCCUGAUUUAGGGUAAAAACCUUACAUAUGACUAUUCAACAAAUGGGUUGAAAUUAAUUUUCCCACAAGAAUGCAGAUGCUCAGGGUAGCACAAACUUAACAUGGCAUAUACUGUUUUUGCAAUGUGUCCUUUCAUAAUGGAUUCACAGAAAAAGAUGUUUGACAGUUUUGAGUAUCUGAAGCACUAUAAUCAGUUAAGUUGAAAUCCAGUUAAUUGUUGUGCCAUUAUCUUUGGAUCAGAGUGCAACCUCAUUGUUUCUGACAGUGACUUCUAUCUUCUUGUCUUUUGUAGAUGCUCUUUUCUGCAACACUAUUCAAUUACUUAAACUGUCUUACUUCCUCUAUACUGACAUUUGACAUUAAGAGAAUGUGUUUAUUCUAGAACCCUAUAUGACACUGAAAAAAGUAUGUAUGGAGUUUAUAUUUUUUAGGGCAACCAUUUAUCUUAUUAAAGGCAGCAAUACGCUGAUGCAUUGUAUGGACAAGAUCAACAGUCCUCAUCAUGCAGAAUUUGCAUAAUGGAAUUUAAGGAUCUGAUUCUACGGGACCAUUUCAAAAGGAUUGUUUAAGGAUAAAGAUUCAUCCGUGUUGAUUUGUUGCCAUACUGUGGUCCCCGCCAAACUAUUUGAAACUAUUACUGAAUUUAAACUUCGUUUCAGGAUAUUAUGGUAUAUUAUCCUUACUGCAUUGUAAUAAUAACACAGAAUGGCAUAAACAAUGGUAAUUAAUGAAUUAUAAUUACAACACAAAAUAGAUCACUUAUCAUUAUUGAAUUGCAGGUACAGUACAUAGUUCUACACCACUGUCAUUACUGAAUAAUAAGCACAAUGCAGCAUAUUUUGUGUAUUGCAUAUUUCAUUUCCAAUAUAUAUACCCAGAGAGUUAUCAUACCAUAAAAUGCUCUUUUAUUUUAGUCCGGUCCAUAUUAUCUGAAUAUCAUGCAAUGUCAAUGCACAGAAUAAAUUGCGCUUGUCUUGUAUGACCUACUACUAGUCCUGAUGUAAACGGCAACAA